AACGAUCAUGACUUUGACUCGAGAAAAUUUCGUCUUUCAUCAUGGAAGGAGGUUUCUUGUUUGAUCCCUUGGACAAUUCACGGUGUCUACACGCUGCUUUGACAGCUUAAGUGGAAAUCGCUACCGAAGAAUUCACGGGAAUCGAAUUUUAAAACUUGUUACAGAGAUCAUGUCAAUUUCCCGACCCCGAGUAACGAACGUCCGCGCCUAGAAUACUUACCUGAUUCGUAAACAAAGUUGAUCGCUCAGGGAAGAAGGGACAGCGCACUAUACAGCUAGAAUAAAUGGGUCAUAGCAAAUUUGAUGCAUCUUUGGUGAAGGCCUUCGCCGCAGGAUCUUUGAGCGGCACUUGUUCUACUCUGCUAUUUCAACCAUUUGAUCUGGUAAAAACUCGUUUGCAAGUGGAAGGAACGGCUUUAUCUUCUGCUGGACGGCUUAAAUUAGGCGGAAGCAAUGGCAUGCUUUAUACGUUUUACUCAGUGGCUCGAAGAGAGCAUAUUGUUGGACUCUGGAGAGGACUUGUUCCGGCAUUGUCAAGAUGUGUCCCUGGAAUUGGAUUGUACUUCAGCGCUCUUCAUGGUUUGUCACAAUUUACUAGUGAGGAAAGAACCUUGGGAGAAUCAGUUUUAUUAGGAGCAAGUGCCAGAACAAUAGCAGGAAUCACCCUCUUGCCAGUUACUGUAGUGAAAACUAGAUAUGAGAGUGGAUUUUAUAGCUACAGCAGUAUGUUGGAUGCAAUGACGUCAAUCUGGAGGAGGGAAGGAGGAAAAGGCUUAUAUAGUGGGUUGCUGGCAACUGUAGCACGUGAUGCCCCAUUUUCAGGGCUUUACUUGAUGUUUUACACCAUGAUAAAGAGACAAGCAAAGAAUGGACUUGGUACACCAGAACUCCAUGCAUUUGAGACUUUCAUAUGUGGUUCUCUGGCUGGAGUCAUAGCUUCAGUUGUAACACAGCCUGCUGAUGUGGUGAAGACAAGACUUCAAUUGUUUCCACACAAGUAUAACAGCACAGGCAGUGCAGUCUAUUGUAUAUUAAAGACAAAUGGAGUAUUUGGACUCUUCAAGGGUCUAGUUCCCCGCUCAGUGAGAAGAACUCUCAUGGCAGCCAUGUCAUGGACUGUUUAUGAAAGACUUUCAAGAGAAUUGGGAUUGAUCACCUGAUAAUGGCAAUGAAAACAGUUCACCAGGUGUAAGGUUACUUUAUAACACCAGCUGACACACACAAGGGCAAAAUCCAGGAGAAAGCACUUGUUAUUUAAGUGGUUUUAUAUCCAGCAGGAGUCCCAUCAUCAACUUUUCAGCCAAGUACUAAGUGGGCUGGCAAAGCAGAUUUCUGGUGUUGUGCUCAUGCACACUAAAAGUCAAGGAGGGAACAGACAGUUAUGUGUUAUGAUAGUCAUGUGAACU